GCGUGGCCGGCUGUGUCCGCGCGCUUGGUGCCGCCGCCGGUCCGGAGCUGCGCCGGGCCCGAUGCGGCGCUGAGGGGCCGCGACCCCCGACCCACCCACCCACCCACCCACCCACCCACCGACCCGGCCCCCGCCGCUGCCGGCUCCCGGCCCCGCUCUCCGGCUGUUCCCGCCGCCGCUGCCGCCAUGUCUGCGGGCUUCUCCUUCGGCGGGGGCACCCUGGGCUCCGCGGCGGCCGCCGGCGCAGGAGGAGCAGGAGGAGCAGGCGGGGGCUUUUCCUUCGGAGCUGCCACGCCGAGCUCAACAGGAGGACUUAAUUUUGGAACUCUGGGCUCUUCCACUGCUACAGCAACUACAUCGGCUCCUUCAGUGGGCUUUGGGAGUGGAAUUUUUGGAUCAAAAUCAACCACUGGCUUUACUCUAGGAAGCACCAGUACAGCCGGAACAGCAACAACUCUUGCUACAGGACUGACACUAGGCACGCCUGCCACCACAUCAGCAGCUACUACAGGCUUUAGUUUAGGUUUCAACAAACCUGCAGCUUCAGCCACACCAUUUGCUUUACCUGUUACUUCUACCUCAGCGGGUGGCCUGUCAUUAUCAUCUGCUCUUACAUCAACUCCUGCUGCAGGAACUACUGGCUUUACAUUAAAUUUGGGUGGCACAACUGCUCCAACUACAACUGCUUCCACAGGCCUUUCCUUAGGAGGAGCCUUAGCAGGUUUAGGAGGUUCACUCUUCCAGAAUACAAGCACAGCAGCAACAGGACUUGGGCAGAAUGCUUUGGGUUUGACUCUGGGGACAACUGCGGCUCCUUCAACUACUGCCAAUGAAGGUCUUGGUGGCAUUGACUUUAGUAGUUCUUCAGACAAAAAGAGUGAUAAAACAGGAACAAGACCAGAAGAUAACAAAGCACUGAAGGAUGAAAAUCUACCUCCAGUAAUCUGUCAAGAUGUAGAAAAUCUACAGAAAUUUGUGAAAGAACAAAAGCAAGUUCAGGAAGAAAUUAGUAGAAUGUCCUCUAAGGCAAUGCUUAAAGUACAAGAAGACAUUAAAGCUUUGAAACAGCUUCUGUCUGUAGUUGCCAGUGGAUUACAGAGAAACACUCUUAAUAUUGACAAGCUGAAAGUUGAAACUGCACAGGAGCUAAAGAAUGCAGAAAUAGCAUUACGAACUCAGAAAACUCCUCCUGGUCUUCAGCACGAAAAUACAGCCCCAGCAGACUACUUCAGAAUCUUGGUCGAACAGUUUGAAGUACAGCUGCAGCAAUACAGGCAACAAAUAGAAGAACUGGAAAAUCAUCUUGCUACUCAAGCAAAUAAUUCACACAUAACUCCACAAGAUUUGUCUAUGGCUAUGCAGAAAAUCUAUCAAACAUUUGUAGCUUUAGCUGCACAACUUCAAUCAAUCCAUGAAAAUGUAAAGAUGCUCAAAGACCAAUACCUUGGCUACAGGAAAAGCUUUCUGGGUGAUGCAAUGGAUGUGUUUGAGGCAAGACGAACAGAAGCUAAGAAGUGGCAAAGCGCGCCACGUGUUACCACUGGACCGACUCCCUUCAGCAACAUACCAAAUGCAGCAGCCGUUGCGAUGGCUGCAACACUUACUCAGCAGCAGCAGCCUGCUACAGGGCCACAGCCAUCUCUGGGAGUUAGUUUUGGAACGCCAUUCGGCUCAGGUAUUGGCACUGGCUUGCAAUCAAGUGGCUUAGGUUCUUCAAGCCUUGGAGGAUUUGGAAGUAGCUCUGCGUUUGGAAGUAGUGCCACAGGAGCAUCAUCAUUUGGGUUUGGAACUACAAGUAAGCCAUCAGGAAGUCUAAGUGCAGGCUUUGGGAGCUCGACUACAUCUGGGUUUAACUUCAGCAAUCCCGGCAUCACAGCAUCAGCUGGCCUGACGUUCGGGGUGUCUAAUCCUGCAUCUGCAGGCUUUGGGACAGGAGGGCAACUUCUUCAGCUGAAGAAACCUCCAGCUGGAAACAAGCGAGGGAAAAGAUAGGCACCCCUUUUAGGGAGGGGGAAGUGAAUCAACUUUGUUCAUCUGAAAAGUCUAUUUUUCUAGAUUGAUGCAUUAAUUAAAUUGCAUCCCAGGAGAUUUAUAAAAAUUUUGCUACUUUUCCCUUGUCUGAAAUACAAAAUAAAAUCAUAUUGAACAGCUA